CCGCUCAGCUCCGGCCCCACAUCGGGCUGAUGCCCCCCAGGUGCCGGUGUCCGGUGCUGGCUCGUUCCCGUGUUCGCUGUCGGUCCCUUUCACCCCGCCCGCCCUUAGCGAUGCUCGGGCUGCGGCUCCUGACGUGGGACGUGAAGGACACGCUGCUGCGGCUCCGGCGGCCGGUGGCGCUGAGUUACGCGGCCGAGGCGCGGUGUCACGGCGUGGAGCUGCGGCCCGACGCGCUGAGCUGCUCGUUCCGCGCCGCCUACACGGCGCACAGCCGGCAAUACCCCAACUACGGGCUGGGCCAGGGGCUGAGCUCCAGGCAGUGGUGGCUGCACGUCGUUAAAGAAACGUUCCGGCUCGUCGGGGUGCGCGAGGAAACGCUGCUGGCACAGAUGGCGGAGAACCUGUACCGGGAUUAUUGCAGCCCGAACAACUGGGAGCUGCUGCCGGGAGCCGCCCACACCCUGAGCCGGUGCCGGCAGCUCGGGCUGCGCAUGGGGGUGGUGUCCAACUUCGACAACCGGCUGCACGAAAUCCUGCAGCGCUGCCACCUGCGGCAUCUCUUCCACUUCGUGCUCACAUCCGAGGCCGCGGGCGUCGCUAAACCGGACCCGGAGAUGUUCAGGAUGGCGCUGCGGCUCGGGGCGGCGCUGCCCGAACAGGCGGCUCAUAUCGGGGAUGAUUACAGCAGGGAUUAUAUGGCGGCACGGCAGGUCGGCAUGCACAGCUUCCUGCUGCACAGCAACGGGCACAGCACGGAGCGCGAUGUGCCGCCGGGACACGUGCUGCCCACACUGAGCCACAUCCUGACCGUCAUCGAUAAGGGAUAACGGCGAGAGCUGCCCUUGGGAGGGAGCAGCGCUGCUGAGUGCUGACCCACUGCUGGGCUGGGGCUGCGUGCUGCUGUGUGGGGUAAGGAAAAGAAACAGAGCACAGAGAGGUGCUGCCCGCAGAGCAGGAGCGACAUUCAGGCAAUAAAGGGCACCUGGCACACACA